AUGACUCGUUCUUUCUUUCGUAAAUUGCUUACAAACUUGUCAUCUGAUGAUGAGUUGGAUGAUGUUAUUAAUGCCGAGGCUGAUGGAGAGUCAUCCAGACAUCGUGGCAAUCGCCAACGUCGUAAGUUUAUUCGGCGUGAUCAUAUUCCAGGGCACGAGCGACUUUUCCGCGACUAUUUUGCAGAAAAUCCAGUAUAUCUUUCCAAUCUAUUUCGAAGGAGAUUUCGGAUGAGUCGUGCCCUAUUUCUCCAUAUUCUAAAUGGGGUAGAGGCUUACGAGCCCUACUUCGUCCAGAGAAGAGAUAAUGCCGGAAGACUCGGUUUAUCUUCAAUGCAAAAGAUAACCGCAGCACUUAGAAUGCUGGCCUAUGGGGUUACUGGAGAUUUUAUUGAUGAAUACAUACGUAUUGGAGAAAGCGCAGCAAUGGAGAGCCUCAAAACAUUUUGCAAGACAAUUGUAACUGUUUUUUCAGAUGAAUAUUUACGAUUGCUUGUGGUUGGUGAACAACGGGGAUUCCCAGGAAUGCUGGGAAGCAUUGAUUGCAUGCAUUGA